GUGAUUUUAGUGAAUGUCACUUUUUGUCAUUUUCAAAUUUCCCGCCGUUCCGUCCCCCCAUACGUCCCGAUGCUCGCAGGGGACGGAACCCAGAUGACAGAUGCCGGCAUCCGCCGGAUUACAUUGCCGGGGACACUGCAGGAGGGACAUCGCGGGAGCGCAGGACAAGGUAAGUGAUCGAGGGAUCCCGGAGCAGCGCCGCAUGGUAAGCCCGAGUGUAGCUCGGGGUUACCGCUUGUGGUACUGAAACUUUAUCACGAGCUACACUCAGGAAUACCGCCAGGGAGAUUAAAAUGAAUAUAAAGUGGGGUUGAUUUACUAAAAUUGGAGAGUGCAAGAUCUGGUGCAGCAAUGCAUGGUAGCCAGUAAGCUUCUUGCUUCAGCUUGUUCAAGCUUUGAUUAAAAAAAACAUGGUAGCUGAUUGGUU